GUAACCACAGGUCCUCUCCCACAGCUCCCAGAGCCACACAACUGAAAUUUUACAACAAUCGUUCCCUACAGGGACUGUCCCCACCCCCUUCACUCGGAUUCAGCACGGAUCCGCACGGCACGGCUCGACUCGGUGCCAGCCUCGGCCCUCCUCCAGGGCUGCCUGAGCCGGUGUUUGAUUGGAUUAGAGUCGGCUAGCCUUUGCCCUCUAACCCCGCUGAUGUUGACUGGCUGCUUCCUGCUCCCUCCGCUCCCCCUGACCGACUGACGAAGCCUGUCGAAGCCGCACGGCGAAGCGUCCAGCACGGACACAGCCGCGUCAAACGGAGCAGACCACAGCAAAAACACGAAACAGACAGACAGGCGGAGGAAGAAAACUAGGCAGCCAUGCGGAGGAAAUCGAGGAUAUUGUUAUGUUUUGCCGUGCUGUGGGUGCUGGGGAUAGCCUACUACUUCUACUCGGGGACAGCGUUGAGUCGAAAGGAUGAUUGGGGCUCCAGUGACUUGUCCAGAAGCAAAGCUCACCACUCUGACGACAAGUCUCACAGCCUGGAGACUCUGCCGCCAGGUAAGGUGCGCUGGCAGGAUUUUGACCAGGAUCUGUACGUUGGAGCCACAGUUGUCCGACCAGGUCAAGAUCCGUAUGCCAGGAACAAGUUCAACCAGGUGGAGAGCGACAAACUCCGUAUGGACAGAGCCGUGCCUGACACGAGACAUGAUCAUUGCAGACAUAAGCAGUGGAAGUCAGACCUGCCAGCCUCCAGUGUCGUCAUCACCUUCCACAAUGAAGCUCGUUCUGCUCUGCUGCGCACCGUCGUCAGUGUCCUGAAGAAAAGUCCUCCUCACUUGGUCAAAGAGAUCAUUCUGGUUGAUGACUACAGUGAUAACCCGGAGGAUGGGGCGCUGCUGGGGAAGAUUGAAAAAGUGCGUGUGUUGAGAAACGACCGCAGAGAAGGACUGAUGCGUUCAAGGGUUCGUGGUGCAGACGCCGCCACGGCACCAGUCCUCACCUUCCUGGACUCUCACUGUGAAUGUAAUGACCACUGGCUGGAGCCACUACUGGAGAGAGUGGCUGAGGACAAGACCAGGGUGGUUUCUCCCAUCAUCGAUGUCAUCAACAUGGACAAUUUCCAGUACGUAGGAGCCUCGGCUGAUCUGAAAGGAGGUUUUGACUGGAAUUUGGUGUUUAAAUGGGAUUACAUGACUCCCGAUCAGAGACGAGCCAGACAAGGCAACCCGAUCGCCCCCAUAAAGACUCCGAUGAUAGCAGGAGGUCUAUUUGUCAUGGAUAAGGAAUACUUUGAGCAGCUGGGAAAGUACGACAUGAUGAUGGAUGUAUGGGGAGGAGAAAACCUGGAGAUCUCAUUUCGUGUGUGGCAGUGUGGUGGAAGUCUGGAAAUCAUUCCCUGCAGCAGAGUUGGCCAUGUCUUCAGAAAGCAGCAUCCAUACACCUUCCCUGGGGGCAGUGGGACUGUGUUUGCAAGGAACACGAGGAGAGCUGCAGAGGUGUGGAUGGAUGAGUAUAAAAACUUCUACUAUGCUGCCGUCCCUUCAGCGAGAAAUGUCCCCUACGGAAAUAUCCAGAGUCGCUUGGAGAUGAAGAAGAGAUUAGGCUGCAAGCCGUUCAAAUGGUACCUGGAGAAUGUCUACCCUGAACUGCGAGUCCCAGAUCACCAGGACAUCGCGUUUGGAGCCUUGCAGCAGGGAGGAAACUGUCUGGACACCCUGGGGCAUUUUGCUGACGGGGUGGUGGGCGUCUAUGAAUGCCACAACGCAGGGGGAAACCAGGUAGCGUUACUGCGACGACACACACAGGAGUGGGCCCUGACCAAGGACAAGUCAGUCAAGCACAUGGACUUGUGUCUGACUGUGGUGGACAGAACGGCUGGUUCCCUCAUCAAGCUACAAGGCUGUCGAGAGAACGACAGCAGACAGAAAUGGGAGCAGAUUGAGUCCAACUCGAAACUUCGUCACGUGGGCAGUAACCUCUGCCUGGACAGCCGCAGUGCCAGGAUGGGCGGACUCACUGUGGAGGUCUGCAGCCCGAGCCUCAACCAGCAGUGGAAGUUCACCCUCAACUUACAGUCAUAGGGGACGCUACAGACCCCAGGAAGAGUUGGAUGUUUGAUAGAGACACCAACAGACUCUGAGGCGCGGAUAGAGAUGGAAAUGGACUCGAGGAGAAAGACACAAUUCUGGUGGUUUAAUGGAUCCCUCUCGCUCCUCCUCAGAGGUGCAGCCAGUCACGUCUAUACGCCUCUCCCCCACCUCACCCCUCCUCUAGAAAAACAAACAGGGAGCCACACCAAGUGGGGGAGGGGCUUGUAGACCGUAAUGGAGUGAACAGGAAACUGGCUGCAUGUGGUGGAUUGGUGGUGACACUGAUGAUCACGAUGAGGAUAAAAGCAAUGAAGAGGCUUCCCAUCCGAACUACAUACCUCAGUGUUUUUUCAUUGAUGGUUCCAGAUGCAAAUGAUGAGUGGUUUUUUUUUUUUCCUGUUCUUUUACAUUCUUUAAUGCUGGUGAAAUUGAACUCUGUGAUGUUUUUACUUUGUAAUUAUUUUAUUUUCCUAUUAAUAUAUUUUUUAUUUCUUCUUGUUAAUUCUCCACGGAGGUUCACGGGAGCUUUCUUUUUGUUCUCGAAAGAAUCCAAUGUCAGUGUUCCUCCAGUGCUCCUUCUUUGUUUUUACCACACUGAGGUUGUGGUUUCCAGUGGGGUUUGGAUGUACAGUGAAGUGAAGGGAGGAAAUGGACUCAGUUCCUUGAGCUUUUCCUCUUGUUUGACUCUCAUUGGUUUACAGGAUCAACAGAAAAGAUAGGCGAGGUGGCGAGAAGAAAGACGUGUGUUCUGCUUUGUUUUCUAUACAGUUUUUCCUGCAGAUUGUGUCGUGGGGGAGGGGAAGGGGGUUUGGGCAGGAGAUUCUCUACUUUGGAUGGAAGUACAUUUCUUGAAACCAGGAACAAGUGUCUUCAAGCCCACCCUUAGGAUUUCCUUUUUUUCUUCAAGCUGUGGCACUGGCUGCUGCAGCGUCUUCUACACCGUUCUGUCUCCUGAGAAACAAUACACAGAAAAAAAUA